AUGUCCAGGUAUCGUCAACGUGUCAAAGGGGAUCCGCUUCAAAAGAAACUCUCGGAAAUUCUUUCUUACGGUGCUGAUGCCCCUCGUACUUCGGGUGCCUGGAAUAGUUUUAUCGAAGAGGAUGUGAUUUCCUUACAGAAACUUACAGCAUCUUAUUACGAAAUUGCUAGGGCAAAUAAUAUGCCUGUCAAGUCAGUGCUAGAACAAGCUGAAAAAGAUGUCAAGGUCAAAGAUCCUCACCUAGUUCAUAAUGCGGUAAUGACAUUUGUCAAUACUCACCCUGAAUCACGGAAGCGUAAUCUCCGUGUUCCUCCGUUGAUUCACCGUGCACCGAAUAAAGUUGUAUCCAAACGUCCUGGAACCAUACAAGGUACCAUCCCUAUAACUCCAGGUCCUCAAGUACCUGCUAAGAAAACUUCCCCCGAAGAUGAUCUCUU